AUGGAUAUACCUACAAGUGUACUAUUGGCUACUACCACUUAUGCCUAUGUGGUAGUUAAAGGAUCUAUAUACGCUUCGGACAGUGCUGUUUUUGGUCUAAAUGAAAUAGAGACAAAGGCUUUGGUAAAGAAGUUUUCAAAUUCACAAAAAGAUGUUAUAAAUGGAGUUUUAUUGAAAGCUCCACCUUUAGACAUUGUGAAUGCCUUGGGGCAAUUGGGAUACAGAGUUGUUGCAACUACUGGUGAAGCUGAAGUUGUGUGGACAUUACAAAGAGAGGUUUAG